AUGUCUCUCAACACCGCAAAGCGGAAGGCGGAGCCAGAUUUUCAGCUCGAAGACUAUGCCUUCAACAUCUUCGGUCAUGCGAUGGCUCUCCCGCAAGAGCACCGAGAGCAGGGUGUCCUCAUUACGGCUCUCGGCGGCUAUUUAGAGAAAUAUUCAUGGCGGCCCCGUCUUCUGAACGAGAGACCGUCGAUUCAGCUGAACAAUCGCGAGAGGAGUGCGCCCGGGCAAGGCUCAAAGCAGUAUCUGCUGGUGGGCUGGAUGUCUCGGCUUUACCCUGACCGAUAUAGAACUCUCAUCGUCAAGAAAGGGAGGCCUGCUGGAACUUUCCUCCCGGAGAACGUACUACCCUGGGACGACAAGAGCCUUGCCUAUAUGGUCGUCGCCCCUAUACUCAAAGCCAGGCCUCAGAUGGUGAAGCUCUAUGCCUUGAUUCCGACGUCCAACGACCUCACGUCCCUAAAGAAGCCUUACGAGGUCCAUUCAGAAUGGGUCUUUUAUCUACCUCAGUACCGCGAUAGCUCUAUAAACCUGAAUGAUAGGAAAACUUUGUGGAAUCAGAAAGUCCUGGCGCAGUCUGUGAGACCGGAUGGAGAGCAAGUCCCAGCCGGGGACGACCAGGAAGCGAGUCGCUUCACUCCUUCGCAAGACAAGGACGGUGAAUCAGAGCCUGAGGAUGAGACUUCGCAGGGAGAGUGCUGUAUGGACAAGAUAAUUCAGGUGCUAAAAGAGAAGGACCCAGAACUCAAAGCAAGGCUGGAAGAGCACCGCGCGGUUAGUCCCUUCCUAGACCUCAAGGUAGAAUUCAGAAAGCAAGAUUCAAUCCGGCUCUACGAAUACUGUCAACACACCUGGCCGGAACUGAAGUGGACGAGUCCGGAUGUGCUCCUCCGCAUUCGAAAAGCCAUGAAACAGAGCACGGCUGCCACUAAAACCCUGCGACAUAGUUGGCUCCCGCUCUUUAUCUCCGAAGCUUCUUUCGCACUCAAAGACGACGAGAUGCUACAAUCUUCCUUAAUCAUCGACUACAUGCUAAUUGUGGUAGUCACUAUAAGCUCACAGGCUCUCUAACACCUACCGCCUGCUCUUUGGCC